AACCCAAAAUAAAGAAAUCAAACCAAAGCAUCCGCGUCCUCUCUCUUUUUUUCUUUCUUUUUGUUUACCUAAGCAAGUUCUCAUUACACCAACACGAGGCACAAGUCUCAACCCACCACCAUCGUCAAUCAACUUCAUCAAAUUAAUAUAAUUAACCUUGAAAUUCCACUAAUCAAAUUCUAAAUUCCAAAGCCCCCCAAAAACUUUCCAAAAAGCAGCACAAUUUUUUAUACCUUUUUUCUUUUUUAAAACAAUAAAAUAAAAAUCAACAGCCCACCAAGCCAGCCAGACGUUAGAUUACCCACACCCACCACCUUCGCUUCCCUUUCUCGCAAAAUUAAUAUAUUUUUAUUUUUUUCUGGGUUUCAAUUUUCCCCAAUUUCUUCUGCUUCUUGUUUUUGUGGUUUUGAAUUUUCUUUUUUUUUUUUGUUUUGUUUUAUAAUCAAAUCCAAAAUGGGUUCUUCUUCUUCUCGUCUUCUGUUCUUCUGUAUCACAGCCCUCUAUUUAAUACGCUGCGUUUUGGGUUCUUCUAUGUGCUCUCAUGAAACUGAAGUUUUCCUUAAAAAUCUUCACUUUCAAUGCUCUCCUUCGAUCUCCCCAAUUCCCCCUCUCAAGGUGAAUGGAAACUUCCUGGACAGGGCAUUGACUUCCAAACAGAGAAAUGGUUACACUUCUGUACUCUUUUAUGCUUCCUGGUGCCCAUUUUCAUGCAGUUUGUGUACCAAAUUUGACAUUCUCAGUUCCAUGUUUCCUCAAAUAGAGCAUCUGGCAGUUGAACAGUCUUCAGUUUUCCCAAGUAUAUUUUCAGGGUAUGGAAUUCAUAGCUUGCCGUCAAUUUUAAUUGUGAACCAGACAUCAAGGAUACGAUAUCAUGGUCCAAAAGAUCUCCCCUCAAUUGUACAAUUUUAUGGGAAAACAACAGGAUUCGAACCAGUUCAAUAUAUUGCUGAAAAAGAACCUGUUGUAUCAGGAGACCACAAUAAAUAUAUGAUACAGUUGUGGAAUGAGUCAUCUCCAAUGCAGAUGGUAAAACGGGAGCCCUACUUAGCAUUUGCCGUGUUGUUUCUCUGUUUAAGAGUACUUCUGUCCGUGUUCCCUGAAGUACUGUCUCGACUCAAGGCUUUCUGGGUUUCAUGUGCUCCACUCUUGAACUUGGAAAUAUUUGGUGAGACAAGUCAGUUGUUUACACGAGCCCUUCACAUGGUUGAUGUGAGGAGAGCUUGGACCAAACUGAGGCUAUGCAAGACCAGGAAUUUUCAUCAAGGUGCAAAGAGUGCCCGUGUUUGGGCUUCUUCACUGGCUUCUGUCUCUUUGGGCGAAUCUUCUUCUGGUAGAUCAUCAUCAUUCUCAUCAUAGGUUGGAGUUUCACAGAAUUGAGCUAAAACACGUAGAAAUGAGCUUAUCGAUCAGAUAGUUUAUUCCAAAGCGCUAUGAUGCCUUGGGACAUCUAGUCCCCUCUCUCAUAUUAAAUUCUAUUGAUAGUCUUGAUACCUAAAGCUGUUGACCUUGUUUGAGUUGGUUUUUUUCCCUUUUUUUUUUUUUUUUUUUGUGAGGAAACCAACUAGCAUGUAAAUCUGAGAACAGCUUUCUUUUUUGUGUAUAUCACUUCAUAUUUAGAGGAACAUCUUUACUUUACAAUCAAUAAUCCCAAGAAAUAGAGGCAAUUCCUCCAACAUCAAAAGGAGUAGAUGGAUCUCUUCCCCAUUUCUUAGGCAGGCCAUCCCCGGUUCAAUCUAGCUUCAAAUCAAUUUUCAUCUCCUAAUUAAUUCACAAUAAACCCUCUUAAGUGCUACAUAUGAAGCCUUUUGCUGCAACGUGUUAGGUUUCCCUGGAAAAUGACCGCCAAAAACAGGCAGAAAUAUUCGAGCCCACGGACAGUUGUAUGGGGCUUUCACUUUCAUCUUUCUUUUUUCUUCUUCAAAAACGUACCAGUGAAAAUCAUUCCAAGCAACCGACACUCUUUUUUUCUCUCUCUCUUCAUGUAAGUGAGAGUAAUUGAAGAGUCUCUGCUCGUAAACAAUGAAAACCAUGUCUCCUUUUUAUCCAUAAGUUUGAUAAAAGAGGCCAAAAGAAUAACAUCUUUGUUGAUUUUGAAGAGGUAGAAUUAUGCUGUUGGCUCGUAUUAACCAAAGUAUUGGUGUUGUAAUCAAACUUUAAUUAUUUAAAAAAAAAUUAAAGAAUUGAAAAAAAAAUCCAGGAACCCCAUAAGAGAAGGCAUUCUCUAGGUGGGUCCCUUCGACCACCCCUACAUUUGCCAU